AUGGUCGCCGGAAUCGCCGACUCAGUUGAGGAUGCUCUAUUAACUCUCUCAGGACCGAAUUCAUCUCUAGGCUUUCUGACAAGGUCCGUUCUGUAUGGAAGAAUCCUCACUCAAGUUGUUCAAUGUUUGAAACAACUUUAUUGUGAAAAGGCGAGAUUUUUAAGUGAUCAAUUUGACGAGUUUAAGAAUCUUGUUGAUAUUGGUGACAUACUUGGUGCAAGUGGCUCAAUUAAGCGAACUGAGAAAGGGGAGCUUUCUGUCUAUGUGAACUCUUUUGCAAUUCUUACAAAAUCUCUACCGCCCUUGCCAGACAAAUAUCAUGGUCUAACUCAUGUGGAUAAGCGUUACCGGCAACAGUACAUUGAUAUGAUUUCCAAUCCUGAAGUAGAUGAUGUAUUUCGGAAGAGAGCAAAGAUUGUAUCAGAGUUACGUAAGACAGUGGAAUCUUUUGGAUUUCUCGAAGUUGAAACUCCAGUUCUACAGGAAUAG